AUGGACAGCCUGAAAGGGGAUCAGGCAGCUGCCUUAGUCACAUUCAGUCAGUUAUGUACUGAACAAGGUCUGUUAAAACGCCCGAGCGAAUUAAGUGAAAAUGAUGUUGUCGAUGGAAUCAACGACGAGACGGCCCUGUUACGCUUCCUCCAAGCACGGCAGAUGAAACCGCAAGAUGCUCUCAAGCAGUUCCAACAAGCGGCUACAUUCCACGCGGAGAAAAACGUGCACGCGUUCUACAACGUCAUUUCAGUGGACGAUUAUGAAGAUACUAGGCGAUUGUACCCCCACUGGACCGGCCGUCGUGACAAACAAGGCCAACCUAUCAUCAUGAUCAACCUAGUUCACCUGCAAAACGAGGCUAUGACGCGAUGGAGCGAUACCCGCAAUAUGCCAUGUGCAACUGCAUCCGUGACUUCAUCUCCAAAUAUGGCACAGCGGGCGUCUGUUUUUCACGAUGGUCUGACACGCUUUAUUCUGCCCCUGUGUACGGCGAUGAAUGAUCGGCCGGACAGUUCCAUUCCAGUGACGAAGUCGACUUAUCUGGUGGAUGCGUCUACCCUGUCGUUGAAGCAGGUGUGGGAUAUGAAGUACUUUAUACAGGAGGUUAGCUGGAUAUUAUUCACUUGCUAUCCUGAGACCAUUCAGCAUAUUAUUGUCUGCAACGCCCCGUCCUCGUUUUGGAUGAUGUGGAACGUUAUAAAGAAAUUCGUAGAUCCUCGAACGGCAGACAAGCUGAUCAUUGUGAAAUCCGCUGAUGUCUACUCCACGCUGGAAACAUACAUCGAUCACGUCAACAUUCCCAAACAGUUUGGAGGCGAACUUGUUUACCAACAUGGCAUGCUUCCUGAUCUCGACGAGGGCAUUCGUCAGACAUUAUUCUGGGUUGAUCCAAAGAAAUGUCUUCCUCCUGGACCACUAAAGUGGGUCCAAGAUGGAAAGAAUAGAAAGGCAAUAGCGACCGGGAGUGUCGGGGGUAUUGAAAGGUCUGAAGAGAUUGCUGUUCUUAGAAGCCCAGAGUAA